GACAGCAUGUGCCAUACAGCAGCAAGUCCAGCUUGAGUGCUUCAACAGACUCCCUGUUCCUCCACUGAUCUAGCUAAACAAAACGGCCAGUAUGACUACUUCUCGCUUCACCAUCAUCUCCGCAGUGGCGGUGCUUCUGUGCGCAGUUAGCCUCAGUGAAGGAAUGCGUGUUUCACCUCAAAGAUGCUGUUUCUCCUUUACGGACCGUCCUCUGCCAAUCAAACUAGUGGCCGAUUACAGCAUGACAAGCCAGCAGUGCCCCAACGAAGCUGUGCUGUUCAAGACCGUAAAGGGCCGUCAGGUGUGUGCCAAUCCCGCUGACUCAUGGGUACAGAAGCACAUCCAGACCAUUGACAGCAAGCGUGUCGGGAGCCAGGGGUCCUUGUAACCAUGUUGACCUGCGUCUUUCAACUUCUGAACUUCUGAUUUGGAAGCAUAGGACAAGUGUGGAGUCUGAGCAAAACUGAAAAAAAAAAGAAAAAAUGCAAUUAUUGUACCCGCCGACAAAUGCAUUGUCACUAACUGAUCAGCAUAUUGAAGCUAUUGGGUUAAACAAUCCAGAAUGUACUUUGUUUGGAUUUAUCUAUGUUCUGUCAUUUGUUUUUACUAAUGUAUUUCUAAUGAGAGUGUUUUGUGCUGAAGAAUACAGCACUGCAGAUUAUUAGCCUAUAGCUCAAAGUAUAGAAGUUUAUUGAAGAAAAAUGUAUUGAGUUUGAAUUUUUUUGUAUUGUGUCAUUAGAGACAAAACAUAUAAUGAAGAAGAUCUCUUUUUAUGUAAGUUUUUGCUAACUUAACCUCCUCACAAUAAAGACUUUCCGGGUCUCAA